UGUUGGGCGUAUAUAUGGAUCUAGUUGUACUUUGUUGAGGGUUCAAAAGAUCAUUUCAAAAAACAUUUCAAAUCUUGGGCGCCCAACAUUUUCACUUAUUGUCUUUAAAGGAUAUUUCAGGUUGAGUACGUAUACAAAGUCCAUGGGUCCCGAGAUAAAGUUUAUUUUUUACUUUUUAGUUCAUUUUUUUUUUUUUUAAAGUUUUUUUAUAUUUUUAUAUCGCUAAACAACUUUCUCUAGUAGUUUUCUUUCCUUUAGUUGUUGUUUUUACUAAACAACGUUUUCUAGUAGUUUUUAAACAACUAAAACAUUUUUUUUAAACUAUUCAAAGCUUUACUUAAUUACUUUUUUAUUAAUUUCUUUUAAAUUUUUUAAUUCCUUAACUAAUGUUUGUUUUGCGCGGAAAAAGUUACAAACGACACGACAGCUUGCCGUUUAAAAUGUUGUAAAAAUAUAAUAUUUACCGUCAAAAAUUAUAUUAAAAAAUAGAAUCGCUGAAGCUAUCAACCCUUGAAACUUAACAUAUAUGUAGCAGUAUGAUCAACACAAAAGGAGUUAUCAAGAUAUCAUUUCAACGCAAAAGAAAAAUGAACUUCUCAGUAUCAAUUCGAGAUUUACGUUAUCCUUACUCAUGCAUGUGCAAAUGCAAACUUUUGGCUUCUAAAAAAAUAAUUUUUGUUUUAUUAUUUUGGAGCUUAACUAUAUUCAUUUAUCAUCAAAACAAAAAUGUAACCAUUUUAUUUAAGAGGGAAAUUAUUUUCAGUUAUAAAAGCAAUCCUAUAACUCAACAUAUUAAUAUAGAGACGGACUUUGCCACCAGGGUGAAUAUUUCAAAAAAGAUUCAAAGCAAUGUGAUUUUUCUUAAAACACAUAAAACAGGUUCUUCCACUAUAACCAAUAUUAUGCAAAGAUAUUCAAAGUCAAAUAAACUAAAUGUUGCUUUGCCUCAAUGUGACCAUCGAUUUUGUUAUCCUGAAAAAUUUGAUGAAAAUUUUUUAUUUUUACACAAAAAAGAUGAAAUAUACAACAUGCUAUUCAAUCAUGCUGUUUUUGACAAAGAAAAAAUGUUAAAAAUCAUGAACCCAGACACUAAAAUAAUCACAAUAAUAAGAGAUCCUUACUCGCAGUUCGAUUCUGCAGCUCAGUAUUUGGAGUACAAAAAAUAUUUUAACCUUAGUGAAAACUUGCCUUUAUUAGAUGAGUUUUUUAAAAUUCCAGAAUUUUCUUUAAAACAAUUUCUUCAAUCUAUAGAUCUAAAGUCUGCAGGAGGUGUCUUUGCUUUAGCUAAAAACCCAAACGCAUUUGAUCUAGGUUUUGAUAUAUGGAAUGAAACACCCGAAUAUAUAAAUAAAGUUUUACAUUCUAUUUCACAAAACAUUCAUCUCGUUAUGAUUAUGGAAUACAUGGAAGAAUCUCUAGUGAUGUUGAAGAAUGAAUUUAGUUGGGAGUUAGAAGACGUUGUGUUUUAUGUUCACAAUGCACGAAAGUUGAAAGACAAAAACACUAAUGACAUAAAUGACGCAACUAAAAAAGUUUUAAAUUGGAACAAGCUUGACGCAGCAAUUUAUAAACACUUUAACGAAACCUUUUGGAUGAAAAUAAAGACUAGUCCUCCGGGCUUUGACGAAGACGUCAAAAAGCUAAAAGAAUGGAAUACUGAUUUACAAAGUUUUUGUAAUUUUUACAAAGUUACAGAAACAUCAAAACGUUUACUUGCCAAUUAUGAACGUAAAUCCGGAGAAAACUUGUGUAAAGAUAUUUCAAUGGAAGACGUUCAAUUUACAAAUUGGUUUAAGAAUAUGCGCUUUUAUAAAUUAGCAAGAUUAAGAAAACUUUAAGUUUUUUAUGACAAAAUUUUAUUAUAAUAUGUUUAAAUAGUUCACUGUUUUAACAGUCUGUUAAAUAAAAUCUAUUUUUAUUA